AGUCGGUGUAAGUGCAUCUCUCUCCUCUCUCUUUCUCCUGUGCAAGAAAAAGAUCCAAGCUUUGAGCACCGCAUCAAUCGCUUUUGUUAUUCCAGCGAGUUUUUGGGUUCUUUGUGUGAUUUGGAUGGAAGGUGGGCUUCAGGACUGGUGGUGAUAACUGGCUGUUGGUAAGGAAACAUGGCAGAGACCAGAGGCGUGGGUGGGCGCCUUGCGGCAUUGGCUUCUAAGGUGGACUCGAAGAUAUAUUAUCUCAAGGAUGUGUUGGUUGAGUACAUGGACAUGAAAAAUGUGGUUGCUGAAAUAGCAGAGGAGAGGGAGAGGUUCCAGCUUGAACAGCGUGGAAAUGACGCACUUCUGGAAGCAAUGAAGGAGGAGCUUGUGGCAGCAAACAACGAGCUCGAAGCAGCAAAAGAGGAAAUCUCUCGAAAGAACAAUGAGCUAGAGUCUGUAAAGAAACAGCUUCAAGAGAGUGAAGCGAGAAAUAUUCAGGCUGAGCAGCAGAGCGGCAUUGUGGUUGAGCUUAUGCAACCAAGAGGGGUGCAAACAAGAUCGAUGCAAAAACGCAAAAGGCCAUUGCAAGGACCUUCGGGCUGUGAGGCUGAUGACCAAGAGUAUACGAGUCAAAUCAAUGUCCAAUCUCCACGUUGCUUGGAAUCGAUGAGAACUCCUGAUGUCAAGAAAAGAUCGGUGCAGAAACAAAAACAUUUAUCUCAAGGACUUCCAGGUGAUCCUGGUGAGCUUCAGUUAAUGGAAGGGCAUCUGAGUGACCCGAAUGCUGGGGAAGCCUCAGGUGCUCUGGUGAGCAAAGAUGAUGACCUGGAGGCAGUUAGAGAAGAGUUGAUCAAGGGAUUCCUUGACAUUGAUAACGGUGGACGGAAACUUGGGAUAAAGGAAAUGGGACAGUUGAAUGAGAAGGUGUUCCAGAUUGCAUGUCUUGCUAAGCUACCUCCAGAAGAAGUUGGCGAGGCAUCGUAUGAACUAUACUCAUCGUGGCAGAAGCAACUCAGUGACCUAAGCUGGAAUCCCUUCAAGACAAUCACAGUUGAUGGUAACGGUAAGGAGAUUGUGAAUGUUGAUGAUGAAAAGCUGCAAGAGCUUAAGAGGGACUAUGGAGAAGGUGCUCACAAGGCUGUCAUGAAUGCACUAAUGGAGAUGAAAGAGUAUAAUGUCCUAGCUGACAGAAGCAUCGCGUAUGAGCUGUGGAACUACAAGGAUGGGAGGAAGGCCACCCUGCGUGAGUGUGUUGAGUACGUUUGCAAUCAAGUGAAGCAACUCACAGUGACCAAGCGCAGGAAGUCUCGCAGGGGAAGUUGACCUGCUGGUGGCACCACAACAACACAAGGGUGGUGAGGGCUGAGUUUUGGGGGCAGUGUAGGACUAAUCCAUGAAGUUCCUGAGCAAGAAUGGAAGUCUUAGCUUGCUUAUGUCUUUUGUAAAAAUGUCAUGACUAGGAAGUAGGAAUCCUGAAGAACCUGAUCGUAUGAAGCAACGGAUGGAAAACUAUGAACUACUACUACUACUACUACUAGUACAUCUAUUUUGUGUUUUGUAAAACCAAGUUGUGGCUUAUGACCACUGUACUGCUUGUGCACCCAGCUCAUUACAUGCUAUAGUAUGUAUUUACAUGAGACCUAUAGUUAAUGUCUGAGUGCUUUGAUGUUAAGUAAGUGUUUGUAGUUGAUGGCCUGAAGAACAGCAGUUUCCAGCAA